CAUGGCCUAACCCGACCCGACUCAUCGAUUAAGUCACAAGAAGCUUGACUUUAUUUUUCCCCAUUUCUCUCUGAGUAGAAGAAAUCGAGAAAGUGACUGAUCAAAAGAUGGGAAGUCAGGAGAAUGUGAAACACCUCGAGGAAUGCACUGUUUCUAAUGCACUAGGGACAUGGGUAUUCUCAGUCCUAGGAGCAUUGGUUGCAAUCCCAGUUGGCAUCAAACGCAAGUCUCUAGGUCCACUCGUCUUCUUUGGCACAACUGGAACAAUGCUUGACAUCAUCAUUGGUGUGAGUCAAUGCGAGAGAGAACACGCAGAACAUCAAAUGAAGUUACUCCAAGACUCUCAAGAUGCCACAACAAUCACCAACACAGAGACUGAGGAUACUUCUUCCAUGUCCUAAUCUUCUUGCAUUAGUUUCAAUAAGAGUACUAUGAUGUAAUUUUGCGCUGGGAUUUUUACGAGGGAGUGAUUCAGGCCGGCUCGAGAAGGGUAGGGCUCGCAGCUUCGCCGGAAGCGACGAUGUCCCUAUCUCUCUCUGUCACAUCCUAUCCCGUUCAGAAUCUUUGGGAUCGAUGCCAAUUACAAGUAACACUUGUUUCAAGAUAUUGUGAUUAUUCCAUGUGCUUUGAGCAAAACAAAGACGCAAGCUUUUGAUGA